GUUAUAGCCAACAAGGUGGUCUCUAGGACCAUUCAUCUCCAUAAACCUCUCACCUUAUCCCCCCAUCUUCUUCCCCUUCCUCCUCACUCGGUUCCGUCACUACCAUCAAACUCAUGGCGUGUUCUUCUUCCAUCAUAGGCGUAUCCGUAUACCACAAAAACCCAUCACUAGAACAACUCUCUAGAAAAAUCGCCGCCCCUGCCGCUCCCGUGCACCUUCCUCGUUCUGCCGAUAAAACCCACUUCACUUCCUUGAAAGUCACCUCUAGACUCAAACCUAACAGCGCAGGUGUCGGUGGUGGUUCUGCUUUUGUUACGUCGGCGACUGCCGCCCCCAAUUCUGUUUUGAGCGAGAACGCGUUUAAGGGUUUUGGUGUGUUCGAUGAAGAUAGCUCUUUGGACGAUAGCGACAGAGAGUAUAGUGAUGAGUCUGAAAGUGAAGCAUCAAUAGUUGAUGCUGGAAAUGUUGCUGAUGAUGACGAACUUUCAAUUACCAAAUUGGGUUUGCCCCAAAGGCUGGUUCAGUCUCUUGAAAAACGAGAAAUUACUAGGCUGUUCCCUAUCCAAAGAGCUGUAUUGGUCCCUGCACUAGAAGGUAGAGAUAUCAUUGCUCGAGCCAAAACUGGAACUGGGAAGACAUUAGCAUUUGGAAUUCCAAUAAUCAAAAGACUUACAGAAGACGAUGAAGAAAGGAUUUCUCCUAGGCGUGGUCAACGUCUUCCCAGAGUCUUGGUCCUUGCACCUACCAGGGAAUUGGCAAGGCAAGUAGAAUCAGAGAUCAAAGAGUCUGCUCCAUAUUUGAGCACUGUUUGUGUCUAUGGUGGUGUCUCAUAUAAUUCACAGCAAAAUGCAUUGUCUCGUGGAGUUGAUGUGGUGGUUGGAACACCAGGAAGACUUAUUGAUCUUAUUGACAGUAACACCCUAAAAUUGGGGGAGGUUCAGUUCUUGGUUCUUGAUGAAGCUGAUCAAAUGCUUGCUGUUGGUUUUGAGGAAGAUGUAGAACAUAUCUUGGAAAAACUUCCAUCACAGAGGCAAAGCAUGCUUUUUUCAGCAACUAUGCCUGGUUGGGUCAAGAAACUCUCUAGGAAAUAUCUUAACAAUCCCAUGACAAUUGAUUUGGUUGGUGAUCAAGAUGAAAAGCUAGCAGAGGGAAUCAAGCUGUAUGCUAUACCAACAACAUCAACUUCAAAGCGGACAAUACUUGGUGAUCUUGUAACGGUAUACGCAAAGGGUGGGAAGACCAUUGUCUUUACUCAGACAAAAAGGGAUGCAGAUGAGGUCUCAUUGGCAUUAACCAAUAGUAUAACUUCAGAGGCAUUACAUGGUGACAUAUCUCAACAUCAAAGAGAAAGAACACUUAAUAAUUUCAGACAGGGAAAGUUUACUGUGCUUGUUGCUACUGAUGUUGCUUCUCGUGGGCUUGAUAUUCCCAAUGUUGAUUUAGUUAUUCAUUAUGAACUACCAAAUGAUCCAGAGACAUUUGUGCAUCGUUCUGGUAGAACAGGGCGUGCAGGGAAGGUAGGGAAUGCCAUUUUGAUGUUCACAAAUAGUCAGAGGAGAACAGUUAAAUCUCUUGAGCGUGAUGUGGGAUGCCAUUUUGAGUUUGUAAGUCCGCCAGCUGUCGAAGAUGUAUUGGAGUCUUCUGCUCAGCAAGUUGUUGCCACCCUGGCUGGUGUUCAUCGGGAGUCUAUAGAGUUUUUCACUCCAACUGCUGAAAAGCUAAUUGAGGAGCAGGGUGCAAGUGCUCUUGCUGCUGCCCUUGCACAGUUGAGUGGCUUUUCAAAGCCUCCAUCAUCCCGUUCUCUUAUCACACAUGAACAGGGAUGGACUACAUUGCAACUGACACGGGAUCCUACUUUAUCGAGAGGGUUUAUGUCGGCUAGAACAGUUACUGGAUUCUUGGCUGAUGUUUAUUCAACUGCUGCUGAUGAACUGGGAAAAAUUCAUAUAAUUGCAGAUGAAAGGGUUCAGGGUGCAGUUUUUGAUCUUCCGGAAGAGAUUGCUAAAGAGCUACUAACUAAGGAUGUGCCACCUGGCAAUACGAUUAUAAAAAUUACAAAGUUGCCUGUAUUACAAGAUGAUGGUCCAGCAGGUGACUUUUAUGGUAGAUUUUCUAACAGAGAGAGAAGCUCACGAGGAGGAGGGUCACGAAGGGGAGGUGCUGGUGGUUCUCGUGGUGGUUGGGGUGGUAGCAGUCGAUACUCAUCAGAUGGCGAAGGGGAUAGCUACAGACGAGGCGGCAGGAGUGGCGGUGGCAGUAGUUGGUCUAGAGGCGGAGGCGGAGGCGGAUCAAGAACCGGUGGAGGUGGUGGUGGAAGUGACUGGCUAAUUGGUGAAAGACGAUCUUCAAGCACUUCAUCUUUUGGGGCAAGAAGUGGUUCUCGGACUAGGGACAGUAGGAACUUUGAUGGAGCAUGUUUCAACUGUGGACAAUCUGGGCACAGGGCAUCAGAAUGUCCCAAGAAGAGAGACUACUAGUCUUCCUAUUUAGAGUCUACACGUUCAUAGGUUUGUUUUAGAGGCUGCCACCUGCCAGGCUUCUUCAGACAAAUAGUUGAAUAGAAAUGAAAUGAAAAAAAAAAAAAGAAUGUAAGGUCUUUAGAUAGCUUUAGUAGGUAGCAGAAGCUUUAGCUGCAUUUUUGAUAUCAUGAUUUCUUCGUCUUAAAAUACAUCAUGUGAUAUGGAUUGUUAUUUCUUCUUGUAAUUUGGC